CGCUAAUGUUGGCUUUAUCGAUAAGCCGAUAAGGUAAGCCACCCCCCUGUGCUGAAGCUGGGUGUGUCUACCAUCUUUGAUGUGAUGAAGCCGGCCACGAACUCGAAGCCAGCGUGGAGACACUUCCAAAGUUCGGCCCUUGAUUGAUGUCUGCUCCACGGCAAAAAAGCAUGAGCGUUCAUAACUAUAUUGUACUCCCACGGUGCAAGUCAUGGACAUAUCAGUGAUCAAAAAACCCCAUUGCUUAUAUCAUCAGCAACUCAGAGCCGAGGUUCAACAGGUCUGAUGAGAAACGCAGUGCACAGCACAGCAGUGGCAUCAUGGAGAUCCGGCAUCGUCCCGCAUAAGGUAUAUAAACCUUGACUUUGGGACAUAUCAGUAAGCAUCAAGCAUCCAUUUCAUAACCCGUGCGGGAUCCAAGGGUACAAGUAUAUGAACGCUAUCCCAGUCUCCUUUAUCAACCACGCCUCAUCCUUUCACCAGCUAGAGCACAGUCAUUUCUCCAAACUCCCUCCUCAAUAAGCAAAAAUGGUCCAAAACAAAGCCUUCAUGUACAAAUCCAUCCCCGACGGCUGGCCCGUUCCCGACAAAGACCUAACCGUCGAAGACAUCGGGUUCGACGAAACCGCACCCCCUCCAAAAGGAGGCUUCGCCACAAAAAAUCUCUACGCAACCUACGACCCAAGCCAGCGCGGGCGGAUGCGCGACCCCUCAAUCAAAUCCUACAGUCCAGCCAUGACGAUUGGCAAACCCGUCGUCAGCGUCCACGUGCUCGCCAAGGUCCUCAAAAGCGACAAUCCCAAGAUCAAGGAAGGGGAUCUGGUCCUGCUCCGAAGCCACUCGACCGAAGAGUACUCUGCAGUACCAGAGUCUGCCGUCUCAUCCACCCAGAUCAUCUCACCGCAACCGGGCGUGCCAUUGACAGCAUACUUGGGCCUGCUGGGCAUGACGGGCAUGACGGCCUAUGGAUCCUUACAUGAGAUCGGCCAGCCGAAACCCGGUGAUGUGAUUCUUGUUUCUGCCGCCGCUGGGGCCGUGGGACAGGCCGUGGGACAGAUUGCGAAGCAGGAAGGGUUACAUGUCAUUGGCUCAGUAGGCGACGACCGCAAACUCGACUUCAUCACCACCGAGCUCGGCUUCGACGCCGGGUUCAACUACAAAAAAGAAGAAAACCUAUCCGAAACCCUGAAGAGACUGGCACCCAACGGCAUCGACAUUUACUACGACAACGUCGGCGGUCCGUUACUCGAUGCCGCUCUGGCCCAUCUCAAUGAUUUCGGCCGCAUCGUGGCCUGCGGUACUAUUUCGACGUACAACGACUCGAGCAGUUCGGAACGCUAUGGCGUCAAGAACUAUAGUCAUGUCGUGCGCAAGAGGCUCAGAUGGCAGGGGUUUAUCGUCUACGAUCCAAACGUCAUUCGGUGGCAGGGUGAACGGGACGAAAAGGUCGCGAGGUGGAUUGCAGAGGGGAAAAUCAAGUCUGUUGACCAUAUUACGCAGGGAAUGGAUAAUGCCGUCAAGGGGUUUCUGGGCAUGUUGAAGGGUGAGAAUCUGGGGAAGAGUAUUUUGAAAAUAGCGAGCGACGAAUAGUAGCCCCCCUCGGCCUGGCUUGCAGCCAGUAGGUAGUUUCGCCUGGGCUUACAAUGGUGGAGGCUCUCUUUCGCGCCUGCACAAAAUGGAGGCAGUUGGGAAAGGGAGACGAGAUCAUCUGAUCACGAGCUACAUAGCGACACUCCUGGCCGUACUUACUGCACCCCACUGCAGUCCAAUUCUUACUACGUGGAAUAAAAAGUCACAGUCUACUUCAAAUCGGAACAGAGAGAUGGGUUUUUUGUCUUUUUUUUGGGAUCGAUCCCUUUUCAUGAUUCAUCUAUGGAAUCUACUCGUACAUAAUCUAGCUCGCUGCCUAACCAACCCAUCCCGGUCUCGCCCGUCAGCGAAACGCAGGUCGGCGCUUUGAAUCUUGACCAGAUCCAUGAAUCCGGAGUCCCACUGGGGGUCAAAAGCCCUAAAGAAGGGACAUACCAGUACCUCAAAACCUCCGGUCCCAGACGAGGCGCUCGGAAGGUGGCGGCAUAUUUUUUUGGUUUUGUGUUAAUUAGCAAAUUUUUUUUGGUGUUUUUGUUUUUCUGAAGCUGAAGCUCGAAGUAAAGACUUGUUGGGGUGGUGAUCAUCCAACUCGUACAAUAGGGAGUGUUAAGUGAAGGUGGGAGGCCUGGUCUCCAACUCAUACAAAAGUUGCUGGUGUCUUGGCGGCAGAGAGCGCAGCCAGCACACAGCACUGUGAAAUCAAUGCUUUUCGUGGUCAGGGGUGUUAAGCCUGCGAGUUUGCCAAGGUUGAGGUACCGGUGGAAAGAUGCCUACCAACAAGCCUGUGGGAGGAAACGUGCGAUUGCCAGAAAGACCAAAUGCCCUUCCGUUGCCAGGUUGUUGUCAGUAGUGUCGCAAUGGUGUCCAAGUCGACAGCCAGAAGGAUGUCGAGCGGACAACAGCUCCGAGAUAAAAGGUGCGUCAGUAUGGGAAACGCCCUGCCUGGCCAUGCAUGCCACGAAGACAGGUUCGACAAAGCUCUAUUCCGCACUCGUUGCAGCCGCGCAGAGGAGCGUUUUGCAGACAACCGUGGCAAGUAAGGUCAUCACCGCCAACAGGCGCAGUGUGUCUAUGUCGACAGCCGCUGGCAGGUUGUCCGGGCCUACCAACUGCUGCGCGAAAGUCUGGCCAGAGGUGUGCAUUUACAUCGCCGUGGGUUUCAGCCGGAUUGGUGUUCGCAUUUUCGAGCUCGACGACAACCAUGUCUGCAUUUCCGACCUCGCGUUCAACAACAAUGCCUGCAUUUUCGACCUCGGGUUCAACAACCAUGUCUGUAUCGUCGACCUCGGUUCCAUCCGCCAUGUUUGUCUCUGCCGCGUCGGCCUCUUCAUCUUCACGAUCUUCGUCGGCUGCCCAAGAGUUUGGUACGCAUUUGCAGCGGUCAUGCUCGUCAAAGAGAUUGCCACAAAUGUAGCAAAACUCGACACCGCAGACACAAUCCAUGUGGCCACAGCCUUCAAUUCGUUCCACCAACUGCCAGCAUGUUGGGCAUUGUUUCCACUUCUUCUUGUCCGAAAGAGCCUGCAACGCCUUGGUUGCUGCGUCGACGGGAGGGCAUUGACGUUCUGUGGAGGUCCAUCGCUGAUGUAGCCUCAAUUCCUCUCGGCAUCGAAUACAGGUCGCCGUCGCACAUUGUGGGCACAAUGCGAGAUCGUACUCGGGAAGACGAUCAGUUUUUGGGAUGUGGACGGAACAGGUGGGCACGGCACAAUACACGGGGCGAGCAUCGCUGAACUCGGCUUCGACCGCUUUGUAGCGUGCGUUGAUGUCGUCAGGCAAGAAAGUGCCCCAGACCGAGAUGCGUAAAGGUUGUCCACAGCAUUUGGGUGGAAAAGACUCCCUGCUUGUGCAGCCGGCGCGAAAUGCAGCUUCGAGACACGGGGUGCAGUAAUGGCAGCCACAAGAAAUGUUGAGCAGAUCUUCGAGGUUGUGGAGUACCAGACAUGCCGAACAUGCGACAAAGCGGAUCUGAGGCUCAGGCCGGGUCAUUCUGCGGCGAUGACGACCACGGCGUACCCGUGCCGGUGCUUCACGAGUGAUGUCAAAUAGACCUGGGCCCUCGCCAUUCUCACCGACGAGAUUGGGAUGGUAAAUGGACUCAACAACAGGCGAGGACGAACGAUCGCGCUGACCGUCUUGGGAGGAUGCCAUGGUGGUGGAGUCGUUGGUAAGUAGCGAUCCAGAGAGCCGAUCUGAAUGGUUGGAGUUGACCACAGAACCACCGAGUACUUGCAGCGAGCCCUCUUCAAUAAGCUCCAAGCUAUCACGAGUAUGCAACAAGCGAGCCGGGGCAACAGAUGGUUGCUGAGCCGGCAGGAAUGGUUGGAAUGGUUGGCCAACGUUGGUUGGAGUGUGCAAGAUAUGAGGGUUAGGACCUUCCGGAGUUGCUCGUGGCAGUCUGUUCUGGCCUGCGUGAAGGUCACCUGGGAAAACAAAUGGGAAGGGUGGCAGCACUGCGGCUUGCUCUGGAGUGACAGAUUCAGUGAUGAGAGUUCCGGCUGGGUAUGUGCCGAUCUCAAAAGGGUGACGAACUUGCUGAUGCUGGUUUGUGAGAGUCAGAGCCGGCUGAGCGUGGUCGUUGGCUUGCGCCUCCAGCCGAUCUUCGACGGUAGUACUACCAGAAGAGGUGCUUGGAGUCAUGGUUUGCAAAGGAGGCCAGCCAAAAUCCGAGACCUGCCACUCGGGGAGAUGCUGGUGAGCCGCGAGGUCUUGUUGAGUGAGGUUGUGGUUGACUUGAUUGCCGGCUUGACCGUCAGCCAGUUUGGCAUCACCGUCCGGGUCAACUCGAGGGAGAUUCUGUGGCUGAGCCAUGUUCUGCGUGUAUCAAAGCAGGUUGCUCGAAGAAAGAUCUGGAUUUCGCUUGAGAUCGGGUGGCGGAGUCGAAUAGAAUGAUGGUGGUGGAGAAGAAAUCAGGCUGAUAUUGAGACGGGGUUGGACAGGCCGAAGGACUGGAAACCGUACGAUCGGACAGACAAAUGAAGAUACAGCGCGGGAUGCUGCGUCUGACCCAAGCGCGGGUCGAGUUGUUUGGACAAGUGAGGGUGUAUCGGUCUGGAUUCAACAGACAAUCAACUUGCCAGCGAUAGAGCGCCGGCGCUGACGUACAGGAGCGCGACAAAAGUGAUAAACAGGAAGGACAAAAGCACAUACACCAGGGAUGAGACGAAAGGAGUGGGAUGAACAGUGAUGAGAGAGUUGAAGAGAGUUGAAGAGAGUGGUAGAGAGGUGAGAGAGCAACAAGAAGUGAAGUCGCGGGAAGAAGAGUCGAGUCGACUUAGACAGAAAUCCGCAUGCACCAUCACCAUGACGGGUUGUCGCCAACACAGACAGACUGCGCUCCUCACGGGAACAGACUGCGAUGCUCUCCAUUACCUCGCGUUCUCCUUUUCUUCUUCUGCUUCUUUCAUAAUGCACCUCUCUGACUUCAUAAUCUCCCUUGUUGUUUCUCACCUGUUGAGCGGUUCGUUCUGAGGCCAUGAUUCACAUUGCUCACCGCCGUCGGACAAUGCCCAUGUCUUCACCUACGAAUUGCACUCAUAGACCACGAACAACACCGUCACCCCGGAUUUACAACACCCCCUACGUCAAGUACUGUCAUUCUGGGCAGAAUCUGGGGAAAGUAGAGAAGGGUUGCUGGAUUGCUUACUGGAAAGAGCCACCAUGGUUCAGGAAG